GGGUGUUGGGAUUAUUUUCGCCUUCCCGUUUCCCCGCCCGCAGCGCGGAGCCGAGCGGCGCGGCCCGGGGCGGAAGUGUCGGGGCCGAGGCCGGCGCUGAGGAGGGUGCUGAAGAUGGCAGGCAGCUCUGCUCCUUGGAUUGGCAGCGCUUAUCUCUUCCUUCAGUCUACCUGCAAGACCAUCGCUCUGCCGGCCCUCUACGAGAGCUCCCAGAAGAAGCCUUGUGUGUUCAAGGCCCUGAAGCUGGCAUUAGCAGACUGCACUGGCAGUGUGAAUGGUGUGGACAUGCUCAAAGUGCACUGCAGCCACCCACACCUGAUAGUCCAGCUCAAGUUCUGCAAGCGGGAGAACUGCCGCCGGUUCCUGCGGAGCUACCGGGAAGGAGCGCUCCAGAAAUCCCUCCAGAGUCACCUCCAGCUCUCCUUGGCCACAACCACGGUGCCUCUGGAAGUGGAGCUGAAGGCUGGCAGUGAGCACCUUGACAAGAUGCUGAAGGAUGAGGAUCGUUGCCUGGAGUGCAUCUACAGAGAAAAGCCUGACCGCCUGCCGGAUGAGGAGAUCACCCAGCUGGAGGAAUGCCUCAAGAGCCUGAUGCUUCACCAGAGCACCAACAAUAAUGUGGGUGGAAAAGACUGCUCACCUCUGAAGUCCCCACCUCAGCCUUAUCCUCCUCAAGGCAGCUCCCUUCCCACACAACUCACCUUCAUCUUUCAGGGGCAACUGUUUGACAACAGAACAAUCACACCAGACGACCACCAGAAGUUUGCCAAGUCUGUGUCCAAGAAGUGGAAGCAGGUGGCUCGCUCCCUGCAGAAGUCCUGCCGCGCCCUGCGGGACCCUGUCCUUGACAACGUGGCGCUGGAGUACGAGCGGGAGGGACUCUAUGAACAGGCCUAUCAGAUGCUGCUCAGGUUCAUCCAGUCCGAGGGCAAGAGGGCCACCAUAGCGCGGCUGGUCGCGGCCCUGGAGGAGAACGGGCUCGUCAGCUUGGCUGAGGAGCUCCUGGGCCUCCAUGCCAGUGAGGACUGCUCCUAGAGCCCAGAGGACAGUGCCAAUGCUAAGGGCUUUCCUGCUUCAGCUACUGUAUGAAACUGCUGCCAGUGUCUGGGAAUGUAGAGUCCUGAAUGUCACCACAGGUUUCCCUCUAGGUGGAAAUGCUCAGGGAAGAGGUUCUGUGUCUGCAGAAGCCAGCAUGGACCUCUGACUUUCCUUAUUUCAUUGUGUUUCCAGAAAUAGAGCACUACCUUCCUGUGAACUGGUUAGAGGCUUUCAUCCUGACUUCCUUCAGGACUGUGACAGAGAGCCCUAGGGGAGAAUGAGGGAGAGGAGAAAAGCAAGCAAGGCUUCUCAUAGAAUUUCUCUGGGAAGCAGACAAUGCCACUGCUUCUCAGGCUGUGUCCAGGGUCAUCAUCUGGACAGCUGCAAUAUGUUUUUAUAUUGAAAACAUUUUUGUCCUCAGCCAUGACAUCAAGUAAAGACAAAGGGGAAAGUAAGGAAAAGUCAAUUUUAUGUUAUUUUCCUUCAUCCAUAGCAAGAAUAUCUGUUCCACCCUGCUCUAUUAUAGCUCCUUCCCACCUUUCACUACCUGAAGGCUUUCCAUCUAGCUGGGGCAGCCAUAAUCUUCCACAGGGCACAAGAUUGCUGCUGUACAACAAAUGGCAGGCACUGAACAAGCAAUACGGACAAACUCAAAUUCUGACAAUGAUUGUCAACAUUUUCUCAUCUGUAGACAGUAAUGUGUUGGUUAGCUCUUGCCUGCCAGCCUGAGGGAGCCUGCAGCUAUGGAAAGCAAAACACAGUGCUGGAAGGGAAAGAGUCACCUCAUCAGCAAGUUACCUGUGGAGCAUGGAUUGGAACUGCUGUUCUCAGUUGCACUGCAGUAUCAAAUGCUGUCCUCAGACCACAGAGCUGAGCAAUCACCAGACCCAGCUGGCUGCUCGUGCCUUCACUCACUUCCUACCCACCCACCCUCAGCCUGCUGGGCCCCUGGAGGGGACAGCUCACCCUGCUGUGUCCCACAGGAGUCAGGAUCUACAGAGAGCCUUUCCCUGGCACUGCUGUCACGUGUGACAAUCGAGCAUCAACUGCCACCAAGCCUGGAUUUACCUGCACUGAUUUUUAGGGUAAAGAUGGUUUAAGAGACAAAUCUCCCAAACCUCAGGACUGACUCCUGCUUUCAGUUCCUGUUGGAGAAGCUGAGUGUCUUUUGGUAUGGCUGAUGCAGACUGCAACAGAGCAGCUGCACUUCUGCCAUAACAAACCACAGAGCAACAAGUGUCUGGCAUGACAUGGGUCCUGUGAAGCACAACAGCAGUUCAAUUACCUUUGACAUAUUCCCAGUGCUUUCCUGAUAGGUUUUUACCAGUACUUUUUCAUUAAUUCUGUCCUUUUUUGCCCUUCCCAUCUGCGGGAAUAGCCAGUGGGCCGUGGAAAUGUUUUCAGAUGCAGAGGGGGACUCUGGCCACACACACAAAGUCUGUGUGUGCAUGUAAAUACCAGGCUGCUAGCAGUCAUGGUAGGAACAACUUUGAGUUGGAGUCUGAUGGCCUUUUAAACCACAACUCACAUUCUACUCCUUCCCUGGAGUCAAAGCUGUAAUUCAGUAAGGAGGAACAUAACUGCAGAUUCAGGUGUGGCUCAGAUCCAAGCUGCUGGGGCUGAGAUGUUCCUGUACCUUCUACUGGAACACCUGACAUCAGUCCCUGGAGACCUGGAUGGGCAGGAUUUAGGUGGUCUGCUUCGAGCCAGCUGGGAUCCACAUGCCUCAGAUGAGCUGAGUUUCACAUCCCUAGUGUAAGCCAGAGAAACAUGACUUGUUUUCUGCAGAUUUUGACCCCCCCCGAGGGAAAGGAGCCAGGAAAGGAAAGGAAGGGGAUUAAGUAUGGGGAGAAGGUUUUCAGGAUGUGAGAGAAUCUGCUUCCAUCUUGCCCCAGCUUCCAAAGAAGCAGGACAAAUAUGCAGGCACCAUCUCUGCAAAGACUGGCUCCACCACCUUUUAUUAAGCCAUUUUAUAUCAGUGCCAUUGUAGUUUCAUCUCCUCCAUUCCUGCUCCAUAUCCUACUCUCUCCCUUCCAGUAGUACCAAUACUCUUCCCAAAAUGGAGCAAUUACCUCUAACAGUUUUGCUUUUGGGAUCAACACAGUGAUGCUGAUCUUAGCUAAUUUAGGCUGCUGUGGAGCCAUACCUCAAAGCAUUUAGCUUUCCUGCCAAAUCCCAGCUGGGGAACUCUGUUUGGCAGAAACCAACCUGACAAAUCGUAUUUUAAAAAACUGAAAAAUCAGAAACUUGAAAAUUACUUUAAGAGCAAGAGAGUUUGCUCUUGAUUUU